AUGGGCUACCUCAGGAGACACAAGUUGGAGGUGCUCAGCAGUCCAAGACACAGACCAAUUCUGUUGUGGAUCCUGGCAAUACAGCUGGUCCUGUGCGGCAUUGGAGUGUAUGCUGAUGAUGCCACAGGGAAGUGCAAACUUUCUAAAUCAGAGCAGGAAGUCCUCAACCGACUAGCACCACUUGCCCAUAAGAAUUUUACAGUGGAGACGAAGAAUGGAUCGGAGAGUUACAAAUAUAUUUUUCGGUUGUGUGAGGAUGCUGGCGGUGUUCCAGAAGCUGGAGUCAUUCAGAUAGAAAAGCAAACGACAACAGUCAUUGGCCGAUACGAUGCAACAGAAGCGAUUGGAGGAAGUGACUGGGUUAUGCUAAUCUACAGAAAUGGUGAGAAAUAUGAUAAACACUGUUCACAGGAAUCGAGGAGAGCCAUUGUCAUGAUUACCUGUGACCGAAAUGUGAACAAGAAAGAUCUGACGGUGGUUCGGGAGGACAGGGACAAGAAUCAGGAAUGUUUCUACCUGUUUGAAAUGGACUCCAGUGCAGUUUGCCCAGUUCUUGAGUCCAAGCUAAGUGCUGGCUCCAUAAUACUCAUCAUUGGGUUCUGUCUUGUGGCUGUGUACCUCAUUGGAGGUUUCCUCUAAAGGCUAGUUGUUGGAGCCAAAGGGAUGGAGCAGUUCCCAAACUAUGCUUUUUGGGUGGAGGUUGGCAAUAUGUCAGCGGAUGGGUGUGACUUUGUGUGUCGGUCACGAAAUCGAGAGGAACCACCUGCCUAUAGAGGUCUGGCCACAGAACUAGAGGAAGAACCAGAAGAGAGAGAUGACACUUACUACCUAUGUGACCUGUCACUGUGUCACAAAUGGGAAGGAAUUAUUCACUAUGUGAUGCAGUUUACUACUUCACAGUUACUUAGAUAAAUUUACUGCGAUACAUAAGUCUGUUUUCCUGUAUUUAUCAGGUUAGGACCUAAACCUCCAGACUUGUGCCUAGGGCAACUCCUGUGUGAUCUGCUUGUUACUUCAGAGGACAUGUUACUCAUGGGGCUAACAGACCUGUCUCCAUUCUCCUGCUUGUUUUCAUUCAGCUGUUUGAGUGACUCAUCAGAGAUUUCAAAGUAGCAAAUAAAGAACAGCACUUCUUCCAAGGAACAAUUUGCCACAAAAGGGAGAAAUGUAGACAUAUGACUUCUGCAUUACUUAAAAUCAUCUGUUUCAUUAUCUUUUUCUGCUUUGCUAAUUAUUAAUUAAGUGUGUACUGUUUGCAGCAUACUUUUUCUGGGAUUUUGGUUUGCACUGCAGGUUGCAGGUUACAAAUCACCACAAGCUCUCUGGCUUUGGCGGUUUGCAUUUUAUCAGUUACUGUUUUGUUUUUGCAGUUUGAAAAGUAAUAUGAGAAUGUGAAUGUUUAAUUAUAGGGCCUGUGACUAUGCUCACCGCCUUGUUAUACGUACCUAAGUCACUUCCAAAACCAGAGUUUGAAAAUAUUAUUUGGUAAUUUCUGCUGUUCGUAAUGUAUGAUUUAAAAAUACUGUAUAUGUACUUGUAUUUUCAUAGAAUAAAUGCAUAUGCACUGCGGUUGAUCAUAAUGGCAAAAAUCUAAUCAUUGUUAAAGCUAGUAAAGUCUGAUCUGUUUGCCUACAUAAAAAUUUACUGCUACUGAUACAUACACCAAACUAUAGGAAAAUUAAUAAUGUAGAUUCAUAUUUGACCAAAUACACCGAUUGCUUCACCACUGAUACAUGUCAUCUUAAAGAGGACAGACAUAUGUGGCACUUUAUUUUCUAUGACCUGUGACUACACAGUAUUUCAGCUAAUGAAAUAUCACAAGGUAUCAGUGAGUAUGUUUAUAAUACAAUUAUUUAAUUUGAAAUAGAUGGCAACAGUAGGCUGUGUUGAGCUUGUUAAUGAAUCAUCUUCCUGAAUCCCAGUGUGGGUUUUUUAAGUAUUUGUUUGCCUUGGUUUGUGUUUUAUUGCUGAUAUUUGUUUGCUUAUUCCUCAGUUUGGUGAAAAUGCUUACAGUAUAACUUAAGAGCUUUUGACUGGUACAUGCUCCAGAUUGAUGAAAUCUGUUGUUUUCAAUUCAAUAUGUAUUUCAAUAUGUAUUUUAUGUCCAUUGUAGUGGUGAUCCUGAACACACACCUAAGUGCACUCACCUUUGCAUAUUUAAUGGAUGUAAAAGAAUGCAUUUUAAUAAAGACAUAAUUUGUAAUCAUCA